AGUCUGCAGCAAUUGAGGAGUCGGACUGAGUUCAAGUUCGGAAGUGCUUUACACAUGAAAUCUACUGGUGCUCUAGCUGAUUCUGCCCUGUCACCAUCUCAACAGAAUUGGAUUUACAGUCAUGGAGGAACAUCAACAACAUUCACACUGUGUGAACUGUGUCAGCCGUCGUUGUAUGACCAGACCAGAACCUGGCAUUUCCUGUGAUUUGAUUGGCUGCCCAUUGGUUUGUGGAGCAGUUUUUCACUCGUGUAAAGCUGAGGAACAUCGCAUGUUAUGUCCGCUUGAAAGAGUGCCUUGUUUGAAUAGUGGCUUUGGAUGUCCCUUCAUAGUAGCUCGAAAUAAAAUUGCUGAUCAUCUAGAAGUUUGUCCUGCAAGUGUGGUAUGUUGUACCAUGGAGUGGAAUAGAUGGCCAGUCAGUUACGCAGACCGAAAAUCCUAUGAAAAUCUGAGUAAGGAUGUUGAUGAAGUGGAACAGCUAGAUAUGGCUUUAGCCCUUCAAGACCAGCGCAUGUUAUUAGAAUCACUUAAAGUAGCAACUAUGAUGUCAAAAGCACGUGAUCGGAUACCAGAAUCCAGAGAGCAAACCCCUGUCAAAUCAAGUGCCCCAGGUGCAGUGCAUUCAAAAGGUUUGAUGCCUGUAGAUGAAGAGUCCUAUGGUGCACUUUAUCAAGCUACUGUAGAAACAACAAGGAGUUUAGCUGCUGCUCUGGAUAUCCUGAACACUGCUACAAGGGACAUUAAUAUGUUAAGUUCAAGGCUCUGCAUUUCACCACAUGAAAUGAAAGAAGAUACUGACGUUAAAGAACAAGCUUCUAAUGGCAUUAUUCAGGAUAAAAAGUCUGACUGUGAAUAUCCAGAUGAAGAUAACAUAGGAGCAGUUGGGGGAGUGAACUUUGAUAGCCCAAGUCAAAAUUCAGAAAUGGAGCAAAAUGGUUCUAGUGAUAUUUGUUAUGAUAUAGAGCAAAAACAUGACUUAAAUCGAAACUUUAACUCCUCACUUUUGUGUAAUGGCUUUCAUGUAGAAAAUGAAUAUUCAAAGGUGUUGGACCAGCAUGAAGAUCUUUGUGUAUCUAAUUCAAAACCAUCCAGUGUAGCAAAUGGUGAAUGUACUACAUCUCAUGAUGAUGAAGCAUUACAGUCUUGCAGCUCCUUCCCUGUAACAGCACAACUUAAAGAAGUAAUAUCAGCUGAUCACUUAGUUAAUGGCAAUGUUAAUCACGUACUAUUUCCCCAUAAUGCUAAUGAAGAAGAAAUGUUAGAGAGACAAGUGGAGCAAGAAAGACUGAGAAAUAUAGAUGCGUUUUCACUUUUACGGCAUCGGUCAUACAAAUUCCUUGUUAACCACUAUUGGUCUACACCAAAAGAAGACAAAGCUGUUGAUACAUCAGAUUUGGAGAUAACAGAAGAUCCUAUGGGUCUUCAGGGGAUUGAUCUAAUCACUGCAGCUCUUUUGUUUUGCCUAGGAGACUCUCCUGGAGGUAGGGGGAUAUCAGAAAGUCGCACUGUCGAUGUGUACCAUGUUGACUUUGGGACCCAGACGUUUUCUCUCCCAUCUGCUCUAUUGGCCACAAAUACAAUGGUGGGGGAAAUAGCUUCAGCUUCUGCAUGUGAUCAUGCCAACCCACAGCUCUCAAAUCCGAGUCCAUUCCAGACCCUUGGACUGGAUUUGGUAUUGGAAUAUGAGGCUAGAUACCCAACAAAACAGCGCUCAAUGUUUACAUUUGUUUGUGGACAGUUGUUUAGGAGGAAUGAAUUUUCAUCGCAUUUUAAGAAUGUGCAUGGUGACAUUCAUGCUGGCCUUAAUGGCUGGAUGGAGCAGAGGUGUCCUUUGGCAUAUUAUGGGUGUACAUAUUCUCAACGAAGGUUUUGUCCUUCAACACAAGGGGCAAAAAUCAUUCAUGACCGCCACUUACGGUCAUUUGGAGUUCAGCCUUGUAUAUCCACAGUAUUAGUAGAACCAGCAAAAAGCUGCCUAAUUGGACUACACAAUGACCAUCUCAGUAGUCUGCCUUUUGAGGUUCUGCAGCACAUUGCGAGUUUCCUAGAUGGUUUUAGUUUAUGUCAGCUUUCAAGAGUGUCACGUUUAAUGAGAGAUGUGUGUGGAAGCUUGCUUCAAGCACGUGGAAUGGUGAUACUGCUUUGGGAGAAGAGAAAGUAUCCAGAUGGAAGUUGUUCUUGGCAGAUAAAAGAAAAAGUCUGGCGCUUCAGUACAGCCUUCUGUACUGUGAAUGAGUGGAAGUUUGCUGACAUCGUAAGCAUGGCUGACCACUUGAAGAAAUGUAGCUAUAAUGCUGUAGAGAGAAGAGAGGAGGCUGUUCCGCUGCCAUGUAUGUGUGUAACACGAGAACUCACGAAAGAAGGACGUUCACUGCGCUCUGUUUUGAAACCAGUACUUUAA